GCAGCGACACGAGACAGACGGAAUGCCAGCAGCACGGAGUCCUUGAUUGCUUGUGAGCAUCAGUGGACGACGGUACUCCAAGACAUGAUCUUUGUGCCUACAGAAGCGCAGGCAGACCCGACACCGGCGGAGGCAGAGAGAAGUAACCUGGCUAACUUGCUGUUGGGCAUGAUGAGAGGUAUUAUGUGGAACAAUACACUGCUGCAGUCACAUCUGCGCACGGACGUAACGCAGCGACAGACGUACAAGAACGACAUUUCUGUGUUAUCAACUGCAAUCCGCGCAGAGGCAACGCAGCAGCASCAACAKCAUCAACUGUUGAAUUCCACUAUCACACGCAUCAACAGCAUAGAGGCUAACGCCUCARCAGCACCAGGCUGCACGACAGACGUGACGAAACAACUCAAUGAGCGCAUCGAUCACGUCGUCACCAUCAUCGGCGACAUAAGUACUUUCAACGGACCAGACUCGAUCAGCAGCWCGGUGGCCGCCAUCAAGACGGACAUCACCAAGMUACAGACGAGACCGGAAGCCGCUACGAAAACGUUCAAGAUGCCGCACUUCGACAUCAGCAAGUUCGACGACUACAACAAGUCGGACGCCUUGACAUGGUGGCAACGUUUCCUCACGGAAGCAUCAUGCCGCACUGUCCCUGCAGACGACAUGAUGAAGGCACUCUACYUSCAAYUGAUUGGAGGAGCGCAGGCAUGGAUGAACCACCUGGCGGCUACCCACAAGUGCACCAUCGCUGAACUCCACACGCACAUCACGUGGAAGGAGUUCGAGCAGCUAUGGUUCACCCGAUUCAUGGUCCGCAACGUCGUGAAGGCGGCCAUKAAUGAGGUGUACACAUGCGCUCAGGGGAACAUGCCAACUCGAGACUGGACAACGAAGUGGCAAAAGAUAGUGACCACACCAGGCUUCGACUUGACGUUUCCAAAUCAACGAUCCGAGUUCUUCUCGCGAUCAUGCGCGGGAUUGCAGUCGGCACUCGGUAACGAGUACGAUUAUACCACAUUCCAGGCCAUUMUGGAUCGAGCGAACUUGGUCAUCCAAACGGACGACAAGGCCGCUAACGAGAGACAAUCCCAGCCGCAUUAUGUGGCUAAGCAGGCCUAUCAACGUCCGGCACAUAACAAUGCCGUGAUUUCUGAGGAAACCGACGACCACUACGCUGCAGCAGCAUCCUCGAGUGAUGGAGGAAUUGUCGCAGCGCUCCCGCCAAAGCGUCCCAAGAGAGUUCGAAAGAACAAGGCGACACAAGAGACGGCAGCGACGGGAGCUGGGCAGCAACCAUGGACGGCAUAUAAGAUCACCAAGGAGGUCUAUGACCUGCGUCAGAAGUACGGAUACUGCCUUUGGUGCAACGGAGUCACUCAUGUGACYGCACAAUGCCCCGAAAAGGGCAAGGCACGCGUACCCCGUCCAGCAAACUCGGGAAACUGAGUUACGCAAGGAGAGGGGCGACGUCUCUCCUCACUCCGCCGGACCCGGUUGCCUUGCUAGCAAUCGAUGUCACUACCGGGGAGCAUGCGUUAGUCGCUGAUUCUCGUGC